GUGUAAAUAUGGACUUUACAUUGUAGAAUAUUUAAAUAUCGGCGUUAGCGAUCUAUCUGUCUUUGAACAAACUACGGAAAAAUGACUGUCAACAAUACCAUUGCUCACCAACGUUUGAUUCUUAGUGGAGAUAGAGAAAGAUUCAAGGAGUUGUUAAGAAGGCGUCUAAUUGAAUGUGGUUGGAGAGACCAAGUGAGGAUGCUAUGUAGAGAUGUGGUCAAAGAAAAUGAAAGCAACAAUGUGAAUUUUGAUACACUUGUGUCAAGGGUCACCCCCAGGGCUAGAGCUCUUGUACCCGACACAGUGAAAAAGGAACUUCUGCAAAAAAUUAAAACCCACCUUUUAACCCAAAAAGACCAAUAAACUAUAGAUGUAAAUACUAUUCUAGGCUAUUCUCAAAUGCUUAUUUUUUUCAAUUUAGACUUUAAGCUUUAAAUAA